AUGUUUCUACUAGGAUCAGGAUCAGUUGCCUGCCGACAUUUGAAAAUGUUCGUCAAAAUGUCGAUAUCGUUAUGCGCGUUCCUUCUACUUUCCUUUACUCCGUCAACACUGAACGCCUAUUCGAUGCGUAACGGUUACGCAAGACCAGCAGAUUUGGAGGGUUCUAGGUCAGGUGCCGCAUUCGGUGGUUCAGAAAGCACUUAUGGCUAUGGUGGAGCCAGUUAUACGAGACCAGCGUCUGUCAGUGCCGGUGGAGCAUACCAGCCAAGCGGAGCUUAUGAGCAAACUGGUGCCACUGGUGCUGGCGCAUACCCAUCCACUUAUGGUAAUGGUUAUACUGAUGUAACUGGAUUGGGCAAGAAGAAGCCGGCCGGCUUUGGUGCUCAAACAGGUGGUGUCGGAUUCGGUAGCGCAUAUACGCCUUCGUCUCGUUACCCAGAUGCAGGCACUUACGGUACAGGUGCUGGAACUGCAGGCUUAGGCUAUACAAGACCAGCUGGUGCUUCACAACCGAGCACUGCAGGUCAGGGCAUGCCGUCGAUAUCCACAGAUGAGCGUAUGACCCUUUCAAGUGGUGCUCAGUACCCCAGUUAUACCUCAGAGUCCUUCGGCAGCGGUGCUGGAACAGCAACUGCACCAUUUGGUGGUCAAGUUGGUCAGGUCAGUCACGCUGGUGAUAGUGAUGGGGUUGGCGGAUGCCCUGAACAAGAUCGUGCAUCGUCCGGUGGGUGUUCUUCAACAGGAGGCGGUAUACAAGUGCAUAUACCUGGUCGACCAGCGGAUGGUGCCUAUGACGGUGGCAGAAGAGAUUUGUUGGCAACACUGGCGCCUUUCGACGGUGGUUAUGAUGCAGUUCGAGCUCAUACAACGGUGCAACCACUGGACACAGGAUGUACUGGUGGUGAUGGUGGUGGCCAGGGAGCUGCAUCGCUGCAGCCUUCCGUAGGCGGAUGUCCAUCCACGGGAGCAGGUGCAAAACAUUUUGUUGGUGAUGGAGUGUCAACCGGUCGUUUUGGCGGCGGAGCUGCACCAUCGACGUAUGGCGAAAGUGGAUAUGACGGUGGAUCUCACAUAACAACCGCUCAUGGCACAGGAUGUACGAGCAAUGGCGGCGCAGUAACUGCUGCAGGUACAGGUGGAGCUGAGGCAACGGCUGGCCCAGCUAUCGGCUGUGAUCAACAGCCUUCUGCUGGUUCGCGGUCACGACCCACCAGUGGUAUGCCAAGAGCACCAGUUAGCAGUUUCUCAAGAACAUCUGAUUUAGGAAGUCGACCGGCAGGAGGACCAGCAAUUUCAAGCACUUUCUCGGAUUAUGGUACAGGUGGGUACACACAGCAUCGUACCGAUGAACCGUAUCGUCAUGAUGGUUCAUUCGCAAGAACCUCUGACGGUGUUUCUGUUUAUCCGUCACCGAGUGCCGAUUACGCGCGUAAUUACGGUACUGGUGCCGGAGCUUAUGGUACUGGUGCGAACGGGAAUGGUUAUUACGAUUCUGCGGCAAAAGUGAAAGAUGAUCGAUACGGUGCACAGGUUGAUGGUCAUGUGGCACCUUCAGUAGCGCCCUCGUACACAAGACCAGCUGAGGGCUUCGGAACUGGUUACACGGAUAGAACUGCUGGUUGGCAAGCCAAGGAUGCCUAUCAGCCAGUAAAGGAUGCCUAUCAGCCACAGGCAGCAUCUUACUCUCGACCAAGCGGAUUAACAGCAGUACCAACGGCGUCAACGGGUGAUUACGGUCGUGCCACUUACGAUGCUGGUCGUUCUGGAUAUGGUUAUGAGGCAAGCACNCUCAAAACGUUUUCAGGACACCCUGAGUCGACUCCUGCCUCAAUUUAUCAAAUUUUUAAGGCAGUCACAAUAUGUACAUCAAUGGUCGUUGCACUGUUUCAGACGAAUGUGAAGUAUUUUUUCGAAUUUCAGGGCACUGGUUACGCAACAGGUUAUUCGUCCUCCUAUGCCAGAUCAAAGAAGUGA